AUGCAGCAACAGAACUCCAUGUGUCCAAUUCUAGACUCAGAGAAAUAGAAAGUAUUAAUGCAGCACAGAAGUUUGAAAAUGAGAGACUGAAAAAAGUUUGUAGCGAUUUAGAAGAAAAGCAUGAAGCAGCAGAGCUUCAAAUAAAGCAGUUAUCUAUAGAGUACCGAAAUCAGCUUCAACAGAAAGAGGUGGAAAUCAGUCAUCUGAAAGCUAGACAGAAUGCACUACAGGAACAACUGCAGAAAGUACAGACAGCUGCUCAGUCAGCACAGUUAGGAACUGGUGUUUUGCCACCCACUGCUACAUCAGCGUCCUAUGUUCCAGUGGUCAGACAUUCCUCAGGUUUUGAAGGAGAUGACAUGGAUCUUGGAGAUAUAAUCUGGUCACAACAAGAAAUAAACAGAUUGUCCAAUGAAGUCUCUAGGCUUGAAUCUGAGGUUGACCACUGGAAGCAGACUGCACUGUCUUCCAAAGCGCAAGGGACAAAUUAUGCUGAACAAAGUGAAAUAUGCAAACUGCAAAAUAUUGUUAAGGAGCUCAAACAGAAUUUAAGUCAAGAAAUAGAUGAACAUCAACAUGAACUUUCAGUAUUGCAAGAUGCACACAGACAAAAGCUAGUAGAGUUAAGUCUUCGACACCGAGAAGAGCUGAGGGAAUACGAAGAGCGAAUUGAAGAACUUGAGAGUCAGCUACAGCAAGAUGGUGUGGGCGCUGAUGCCAUGGAUAAGAAAAAAAAUGCUCAGAGUCUGGAAGGAGGAAAAGUAAAAGAACUUCAGGUUGUAAAGGACCUAGAGGAUGAAAUAAGAAAAUUAAAUAACAAAUUGUCUUCUGCCAAAGAAGAAAACAAAAUUCUUCAGAAAGAGCGAGAAUUGGCAAAAGUAGAAAAAGUCCAUAUAAUGCAAGAAUAUGAAAAUCUUAAAUCUGAAUUUAGUACACUUCAAAGUUCUGUUGCAGAACAAGAUGCUCUCCUGAAAGAACAGGAGAAGAAGCUCCAGUCAAAGACAUCACUACCAGAAGAUGUUGUCAGACUACAGCAAGCACUGUUAGAAGCAGAAAAUGAAAUAGCAAGACUUUCAAGUUUAAAUCAGGAGGGACUUGAGAAGGAACUGACAAGUGCACAACAUAAAAAUGAGGAUAUUCUUUCUGUGUGUACUGAGGAUCAGAAUUCAGAAUUAAGUCAAUUAAGACAAGAUUUGGAAAAGAAAGAAGAUGAAUUAAAUGAAAGUAUUGCUGAAAGAGAAACAUUAAUAGCAGAGUUGGAAGAACUAGACAAACAGAAUCAGGAAGCUACUCAGCAUAUGAUUACACUGAAAGAGCAGCUGUCAAAACAACACACAGAAACUGAUAGUAUCAUCAAACAGCUGAAAUUUGACAUCGAUGUUGAAAGAAAGAAAGUAUCAAAAUUAGAAAUUGAGAAGAUGGAAACUAUUAAGGAGUUAGAUAGUCAGAAAGAAAAACUAAGCCAAUGUUCAUCUGCACUUAAUGAUUUGCAUAUAAGCAAGCAGCAUCUUCAAGAUAAUAUUAAAGAUCUUCAGGAACAAUUAAUGAAAGCCCAAGACUGUAAUUUGCAUAAUGAAAAAAAAAUUGGAGAUUUACAGCAGAGACUAAAAGAGAAAGAGGAGGAACUUUCUGUAUCCUUGAGAAAGUUAACAGAAAAAAGUAAUCAGCAAUCUAACUACACUUGUCAAGAUCUGAUGCUGAAAGAAAGAGAAGUAGAAAUUGCAAAGUUGCAGAAUGACAUUUCAGAAAAUAAACAACUAAAUGAAGACUUAAAAAAAUCUCUGUCUGAUCUCAGAACAGAAAAUGGAAAGCUGAUAGCAGCCAUUGAAGAACUAAAACAGGAGUUAAGUGAUGCCAUUUCUGAGAAAAAUAAAGUUUACUUGGAAAAAGACACUGUUGUGGAGGCUUUGAAAAUGGAAAAAAGAGAGUUAGAGAGUGAAUUAAACCAGACAGAAAAGAGGCUUUUGGAACAAGCACAUAAGUAUAAGCAAACUAUUGAGGAAUUAUCAAAUGCACGUAGUAUGGAUACCACUGCAUUGCAGCUUGAACAUGAGCGCCUAGUUAAACUCAAUCAAGAGAAAGAUUUUAAGAUUGCUGAACUUAAAAGAAGCAUUGAGCAGAUGGAAACUGAUCAGCAAGAAACAAAAGAGAUGCUGACUACUAGCUUAGGAGGACAAAAACAGUUGACAGAACUCAUAAAAGAAAAAGAGAUAUUUAUUGAAAAAUUUAAAAACCAAGCCUUACAGGUGAAGCAGGAACUUGAGGAAUACAUCAACGUUUCAAAAAAGCAGGAUGUCUUAAAACAGAACUUGGAGGAAAAAGACAGAAGCCUUGCAGUCAUGAAGGAAGAAAAUAAUCAUUUGAAAGAAGAAAUUGAACGCCUGAAGGAUCAGCAAAGUAGAUCUGUGCCUGUGGUUGAGCCUAAAACUUUAGAUAUUAUUAUUGAACUUGAAAGUGAGGUAACACAGUUAAAAGUGAUAAAGAAUAAUCUUGAAGAAGAAAUAGAAGUUCUGAGAAAAACAAUAGAAGACCAGAAUCAAACAACAGUACAACUUCAGCAGUCUUUGCAGGAGCAAAGAAAGGAAAUAGAUGAGUCUAAAUUUCAGUGUGAACAAAUGAAUGUCGCACAUGAAAGACUUUCUUUAGAGAAAGAUGAGGAAAUUAAAAAUUUGCAGAAAACAAUUGAACAAAUUAAAACUCAGUUGCACAAAGAGAGACAGAUUAUUCAGACUGAUUCCUCAGAUCUUUUACAAGAAACCAAAGUUCAGGCUCUUAAUGGAGAAAAUGGAAGUGAAAAACAUGACUUAUCUAAAGCUGAAAUUGAAAGACUGGUAAAAGGUAUCAAAGAAAGGGAGAUGGAGAUCAAGCUUCUAAAUGAAAAGAAUGUUUCUCUAAGUCAGCAAAUUGAUCAGUUAUCUAAGGAUGAAGUUGGCAAACUUACUCGGAUCAUUCAAGAGAAGGAUUUAGAAAUACAAGCUCUCAAUGCUAGAGUUUCCUCAGCCUCCUAUAGGCAAGAUGUUCUUUGUCUUCAGCAGCAGCUGCAAGCUUAUAUUAUAGAAAGAGAACAAGUGCUAGCAGUUCUAAGUGAAAAGACAAGAGAAAACAGUCAGUUAAAAACAGACUAUCGUAAUAUUAUGGAUAUGGUUGCUACUAAAGAGGCAGCUUUGUUAAGGUUACAAGAAGAGAAUCAAAAGUUAUCUAAUAGAUCUGAAAACAGCAGUCAAGACAUGUCUAGAGAAACUAUUCAGAAUUUAUCCCGUAUCAUUCGAGAAAAAGAUAUUGAAAUAGAUGCUCUAAGUCAAAAAUGCCAAACCUUAUUGACUGUCUUGCAGACAUCCAGUACAGGUACUGAUAAUGGGUCAGGAGGUGUUAAUAGCAACCAGUUUGAGAAACUUCUACAAGAACGUGACAAACUAAAACAGCAAGUAAAGAAGAUGGAAGAGUGGAAGCAACAGGUAAUAACCACAGUUCAGAACAUGCAGCAUGAGUCAGUUCAUCUCCAAGAAGAGUUACACAAGCUUGAAGCACAAAUUUCAGUUGAAAGUGAUAGUAAUUCAAAGUUGCAGGUAGAUUAUAAUGGCUUGAUCCAGAGUUACGAACAGAAUGAGAAAAAGCUGAAAAGUUUUAGUCAGGAAUUAGCACAAGUUCAACACAGCAUAGGACAGCUUCAUAACACCAAGGAUCUCCUCCUAAGUAAACUUGAUUUGGUAACACCAUCUAUGGCAACAGCUUCCACCGUUUCACAGCCCUCAGACAUUCAAUACAGUGCUCCUGAAGUACUCAGUGAUGAGUCUAAACUUUUUCAAAAGGAGUUGGAACAACUGAAAAAAAAGUUGCAAGAAAAAGAUUCAACUAUUAGAACUCUUCAAGAAAAUAAUCAACGAUUAUCUGAUUCUGUGGCUACAGCAUCAGAGAUUGAAAGAAAGAGUCAAGAAGGGGCUGAGUCAGAGAUGAGACAGAUCAAAGAAAAACAUGAUGUCUUACAGAAAUCACUUAGGGAAAAAGACAUAUUAAUUAAAUCUAAAAGUGAUCAGUUACUUUCUGUGAGUGAAAAUCUUAGUAACAAAGAAAAUGAAAAUGAGCUUUUGAAGCAAGCUGUGACUAAUCUUAAAGAAAGAAAUUUAAUUUUAGAAAUGGAUGUUCGAAAAUUGAAAGAAGAAAAUGAAAAAAUAGUUGCAGGGAGUAGGGAAAAAGAAACAGAAUUCAGAGCACUUCAGGAGACUAAUAUGCAAUUUUCAAUGAUGCUGAAAGAGAAAGAGUUUGAGUCUCACUCAAUGAGGGAAAAAGCUCUUGCUUUUGAGAAGCUGUUGAAAGAAAAAGAACAGGGCAAGACAGGAGAGUUGAAUCAACUGUUAAAUGAAGUUAAAUCAAUGCAGGAAAAGGCUGUUACUUUUCAGCAAGAGAGAGACCAGGUCAUGGUAGCACUCAAACAGAAGCAAAUGGAGAGCAGUGCGCUGCAGAGUGAGAUACAACAUUUACGUGAGAAAGAGCAGCGCUUAAAUCAGGAGCUGGAGAGGUUACGUAAUCACCUCUUAGAAAUGGAGGACUCCUACACGCGAGAAGCUUUAGCUGCAGAAGACAGAGAGGUCAAGCUAAGAAAGAAGGUUUUGGUUUUGGAAGAAAAAGUUGCGUCCUCAUCUACUGCAGUGGAGAACGCCAGUCAUCAAGCUAAUCUGCAAGUUGAAUCUUUGCAAGAGCAAUUAAACCUGGUUUCCAAGCAGAGGGAUGAAACUGUGAUGCAGCUCACCAUCUCACAGGACCAGGUGAAGCAGUAUGCAUUGUCGCUGACCAACCUGCAGAUGGUACUAGAGCAAUUCCAACAGGAAGAAAAAUCUAUGUAUUCAGCAGAACUGGAGAAACACCAGAAACAGACUGCAGAAUGGAGGAAAAAAGCAGAAAACUUAGAAGAAAAAGUUGUAUCACUGCAGGAAAGUUUAGGAGAGGCAAAUGCUGCACUGGAUGCAGCAUCAAGACUUACUGAGCAGCUUGACAUCAAAGAGGAGCAGAUUGAAGAGCUUAAGAAAGAAGGUGAGAUCAGAAGAGAGAUGUUAGAAGAUGUACAAAACAAACUAAUGAAUCUUGUGAACAGCACAGAAGGAAAAGUAGACAAGCUCCUCAUGAGAAAUCUCUUUGUUGGGCAUUUUCAUACUCCAAAAAAUAAACGUCCUGAAGUGUUAAGGUUAAUGGGAAGUAUCUUGGGAAUAAAAAAGGAAGAACUCGAUCAGUUGUUAUGUGAAGACCAAAGAGGAGUUACGAGAUGGGUGACUGGCUGGCUUGGUGGAGGAGCUGGGUCAAAGAGCGUCCCUAGUACACCUUUGAGGCCAAGUCAUCAGAACAUAUUUAACAGUUCUUUUUCAGAAUUGUUUGUGAAAUUCCUUGAAACAGAAUCUUGCCCAGGCCUCCCUCCACCUAAGCUCUCUGUUCAUGAUAUGAAACCUUUAGGAGCAGCAGGAACUGGUAAAACUAGCAGUACUCCAUCCAACAAUCAAAUGCAAGAUACUGCAGUCUUGGGAACAAGUAGAAGACCAGAUGCAAACCCAUUUUUAGCACCUCGAUCUGCAGCAGUGCCUCUCAUAACACCUGCUAGUAGUUCUGGACAUCUGCUUAUGAAACCUAUUUCUGAUGCGUUGCCUACUUUUACACCACUGCCAGUGUCCCCUGAUGCCAGUGCUGGUGCUGUACUGAAAGACCUCCUAAAACAAUAG